AUCAGGAAACCAUUGUAUUUGUAUUAAUCGCCUCGGCCUGUUAUAAGCUAUAUACCUACUGCGGUGCGUCGUGGAAAGCCAUCUUGAUUAUAACUUUGACUUUCCUGCAGGCUUUCCGUUCUACUCUAUACAUGUCCUUGCAGUUAACUUCCUCUUCAUCUCCAAAUUCACAAUCAGAACCUUCGUUUUGUACUCCAGCUAAACCGAAACGGAGCCCCAAUCGUGCAGCAUCGCUGCGCCUUUGCAACGCGAAGACCAUCGACGUCCCUAUUCCUCCCUCUCUCCUUCAAUCGCCGUAUCUCAAUUCACCCAUGAGCCCAUUCCAAAAAGCGAACUCUGCCCCCUGCACUCCAAGCCGGGAGGACGAACAAUGGUUACGAGACACCAUUCCGCUUUCCAAUCACUCAACUCCUUUGGGUCGGUCUGCUUCCACCAAAGAAAAUGUUCAGCGUCAGACUUGCAGCUCCCCGAAGUGCAGUGACAUUGACACUACGGAGAGAGGUGAAGUAAUUGAUAAGACCGCCAGAAAUCGGAAAGGGCCAUAUUCGCCUCCACUAGUGCGAUUGGGAACACGCCAACUUGGUCAAGAUAAAGUACAAACACCCUCUCUGCACCUUCCCCGUGCGGGAGAGCAAGAGUACUUCCUCCUCUCCCACGCAGGGAGGUAGAAGGUGUUUUAUACAAUCCUUUCAAGACUCCGAAUGUCUGGUACAUAAUAUGUUUGAUACCUUCCCAUUACUAUGACCUUCUGCAAGUUAUGCGGGCAUAAUUCAACACGCUGGACGAAGUUUUCCAUUUAUGUACAUAGCGUGGGGUGAAUAUACAUAAGCCCACCAACACUAGACUCGAGCCAGUAGCUUCGGGUGUUGACACUUUGGAAACUGGCGCCCGAAGUCAAGAAGGUGAUUCCGCAUCUCACUUCUC